AUGCGCCUGCGUGUGUGCAAAAAUCCCAAGCAUCUUGCUUGGGCAACUUGGACAAUUCUUGCAAAUAACCCUGUCAAUAAGUAGUUUUAUAUUCUCCUAUAAAUAAUAGAGGGGGCUAUAUAAUACUUCUACUUGCUAGUUAUUUUGUCAAGAAUGCAUUACUCAAAUCUUGAGUCUGGUUCUGUUUCAAAAGAAUAGUUAGCCAAUUCUAAAGCAGAUACUGUCAAUAAUCACAUUUAAGAUCAAUAUGAUGGACCAGGAAUUUCAUAUAAACAAAUAAGAAGUGCUGACCUAUAUUUGAUUGAGUACACAACUUCGAAAUACAACAUGCUAUGGUUCUCAGCGACUAUAGCUAUACUAUCGGUCUCACUAUUUAUCUUGAUAACUAUACUUUUGUUAGCAAUUUUUAUCAAGAACCAUGUAGGGUUGUAAAAGCCCGACUACUUAAAGAAAGGAUUAUGCUUUUUGAUGAUACUGUUCAUGACAAUUUUACAAAUGCCAAUUUUAGACGCAAUUCUUAGAACUAUCAUGACUAUUUCUGGAACUAGUGAUUCCUUGUCAUUAAUCAUUGUCAAAUAUGGAGUCUCAUUUCUUGCACUUCUUUUCUUUUGCAUCCUGAUGCUUUACCUCAUAUUACUAUUUAAUGUAUGCAUCCCAACAGAAUAAGUACCUUGGUGUUAUCCAGUUUCAAAAAUUGUUUUCUUAAAUAUUGGAGCCAAGAUUAUUAUCGUCGGAUGCGUUGUAUUUGACUAGGAAGGAUAAUAUGCAUUAAUAGAGGUUAUAUGUUUACUUGUGAUCUAAACCAUUCUAGGGGGAUAAAGACUAUUAUUUUCUCCCAAUUAUCAACUGGACGUAGAUUUUAUAGUUAAGACUAGAGAUUUCUCUAAUCUGCUUGCAUUAGUUAUAGGCAUAUCAUGCAAAAUGGUUUCUGAUGAGCAAAAUUACGACAUUAUCUAUAUGAUAUGCUUCUCACCCAUAGUUACUUUGGGAUGGAAAAUAUUAGAAACAAUGAGAAAUCAAUAGAUUUUAUCAAAAUUAAAAAGCAAGACUCUAAAAUUAGAAGUUGAAUAUGAGUACAUUCUCUAUACGCUGAUGAUGUUAAUCUAAACAACUAAUUCAGAUAGUUUAGCUGAUUAGAAAGUUUUUGGAUAACUCAUGGAUAUAAUGAUUGUUCAUAUAAAUGAAUGUGAUGACUAGCUGUGUAUUUGUGAAGAGCUAGAAAAUUUUUACGAGCUUAUGAAAUUCAAAUUCAUUAACAAUUCAGAAGUUUUCUCACUUGCUAGAGAUGAGAGAAAGAAGUACAAAAAAAUAAUUGAUGAUUAAGGUCUGGUUGGAACAAUAUCUAAUAUAACUGAUCUGAUUGUGAAAACACACUCUACAGAAUCUACUAUUCUAAAGGCUAAUAAUGAAUUAGACAGAUAGAGUAAGAUGGAGGAAGCAGAACUCCUUGAGAGAUAAACAUUGGCAAACUAAGAGAAUAUGAAUAUAAACGGUCAAAGUAUUCAUAAGAAAAAGAAAAGCAAAUAAGCAUAUAAAAUUAAUAUUGACUAGACAAAACAUUGA